ACUAUCCAAUAAAAUAAACAAACAAAGCAAGUAACAACUAUAAAUAUAAAAUAUCCCGUCAAUCUCAUAAAGCUUUCCACCCAAGUCAUCUUCUCUCUUCACUCACUGUCACUGCACCAAGAACGCCAUGUAAAACCCAGAUUCUCUAAAAUUUUGCAAACCAUCCGCUAAAUCUAUUCCGAUCUAACCGUUAAUUCACGAAAUCCAAAUACACAGACAAAAAAAAAAAAAAAAAACCCCUAAUCCAGGAUAUGGAGGAGGCACUGGAGAUGGCUCGUGCCAAGGACACGAAGGUGAGAAUGGCGGGCGUGGAGCGUCUCCACCAACUUCUUGAGGCUUCUAGAAAGGGUCUGUCGUCUUCGGAGGUCACUUUGCUAGUCGAUUGUUGCUUGGAUCUCUUGAAGGACAACAAUUUUAGGGUUUCUCAGGGGGCCUUACUGGCUCUCGCCUCCGCCGCUGCUCUCUCCGGCGACCACUUGAAGCUUCAUUUCAAUGCUUUAGUUCCUGCAAUCGCCGAUCGGUUAGGCGACACCAAACAGCCUGUUCGCGACGCGGCCAGGCGUCUUUUGCUCACUCUCAUGGAGGUUUCUUCACCAACUAUCAUUGUUGAAAGAGCAGGGUCCUAUGCUUGGACACACAAAAGCUGGAGAGUUCGAGAAGAGUUUGCACGGACUGUUACAUCAGCAAUUGGUCUUUUUGCAUCUACAGAGCUUCCUCUUCAACGUGCUAUUCUUCCCCCUACUUUGCAGAUGUUGAAUGAUCCAAAUUAUAGUGUUAGGGAAGCGGCUAUAUUAUGCAUUGAGGAGAUGUAUACCCAGAUUGGGCCUCAGUUCCGAGAUGAACUUCAGCGUCAUCAUAUUCCUACAUCAAUGGUAAAUGAUAUAAAUGCUAGGCUAGAGAGUAUAGAACCAAAAAAUCACUCUUCAGAUGGACUUGCAAGUAAUUAUGCCGCUGUUGAGAUAAAGUCUUCCAAUCCCAAUCCCAAAAGGAGCAGUCCAAAGGCCAAGAGUUCUACACGUGAGGUGUCUCUUUUUGUAGGAGACAGUGAUGUCACUGAGAAACCAAUUGACCCAAUAAAAGUGUACUCAGAAAAGGAGUUAAUAAGGGAGUUUGAGAAAAUUGCUUUAACUCUUGUACCAGAAAAAGAUUGGUCUAUUCGCAUUGAUGCCAUGCAGAGAGUUGAAGGUCUUGUUGUCGGAGGUGCAGCUGAUUACCCAUGCUUCCGUGGACUUCUGAAGCAACUUGUUGGCCCUCUUAGCACACAAUUGUCAGACCGAAGAUCUAGCAUAGUGAAGCAGGCUUGCCACUUAUUAAAUUUUUUAUCUAAAGAGCUUUUGGCAGAUUUCGAGGCAUGUGCUGAGACAUUCAUUCCUGUCCUUUUCAAGCUUGUUGUGAUAACUGUACUUGUAAUUGCAGAGUCUGCAGAUAAUUGCAUAAAAACAAUGUUGCGUAACUGCAAGGUUGGCCGUGUCAUACCUCGUAUUGCUGAUUGUGCAAAGAAUGACCGCAAUGCUCUUCUUCGUGCAAGGUGUUGUGAGUAUGCAGUUUUGAUACUAGAAUAUUGGGCUGAUGCACCCGAAAUACAGCGUUCAGCCAAUCUCUAUGAAGACCUUAUAAAAUGUUGUGUUGGAGAUGCAAUGAGUGAGGUGCGAUCAACUGCAAGAACGUGCUACAGAAUGUUUGCAAAAACUUGGCCCGAGCGUUCCCGGAGAUUGUUUUCAUCCUUUGAUCCUGUCAUUCAAAGGAUAAUAAAAGAUGAAGAUGGGAGUAUGCAUAGACGACAUGCUUCUCCUUCCCUUCAUGAGAGAAGUUCAAUGCCUUUCACCCCUCAAACAUCUGCUUCGAAUCUACCUGGACAUGGAACUUCAGCUAUAGUUGCCGUGGACAGAAGUGCAAACUUAUCUUCUGGGAAAUCUCUCCCUUCUGGGCUACUUUUAUCACAGGGAAAGCCAGUUAGUAAAGGCACAGAGCGUAGUCUGGAAAGCAUGCUGCAUUCAAGCAAACAGAAGGUUUCAGCUAUUGAAAGCAUGCUUAGAGGUCUGGAUGUAUCUGAGAAACACAAUACUUCAACUCUACGAUCAUCUAGUUUGGAUCUAGGAGUUGACCCUCCAUCAUCUCGUGAUCCACCAUUCCCUCUUGCCGUUCCUUCUUCCAGUAAUCUCACAAACUCUUUAGCGGUAGAUACAACUACAUCUGAUAUGUCUCGAGGCAAUAAGCGUAAUGGUGGCUCGAUAUUGUCUGACGUCAUCACUCAGAUUCAGGCUUCCAAGGAAACCAGUAAAUUAUCAUAUCAUAGUAAUGUGGGAACUGAAAAACUAAAAGAAAGGGGUUCUGUUGAAGAGAACACUGAUGCUAGGGAGGCCAGACGAUUUGUUAACUUGCAUAUUGAUAGGCAAUACAUGGACACACCAUAUAAGGAUGCAAAUUUCAGGGGUUCGCAGAGUAGUUGCAUUCCCAAUUUUCAGAGGCCACUGUUGAGAAAAAAUGUUACUGGACGAAUGUCUGUGGGCAGGAGGAGUAUUGACAACAGCCAGCUGUCAGUCGGGGAGAUGUCUUGCUACGUGGAUGGUCCAACUUCUCUUAAUGAUGCUUUGAGUGAGGGACUCAGUCCAAGUUCGGACUGGAAUGCUAGAGUUGCCGCAUUUAAUUAUCUCCAUUCCUUGCUGCAGCAAGGUCCAAAAGGUAUUCAAGAAGUUACACAGAGUUUUGAGAAGGUAAUGAAGUUGUUUUUCCGGCACCUGGAUGAUCCCCACCACAAAGUUGCCCAGGCAGCUCUUUCAACACUUACAGAUAUUAUUCCAGCUUGCCAGAAGCCCUUUGAAAGUUAUAUGGAGAGGAUCUUACCUCAUGUUUUCUCGAGGUUAAUAGAUCCAAAGGAAUUAGUAAGGCAACCUUGCUCAACAACUUUGGAAAUUGUUAGCAAAUUUUAUGGUAUAGAUUCUCUUUUACCAGCUUUGCUUCGUUCACUAGAUGAACAACGGUCGCCAAAGGCAAAAUUGGCUGUUAUUGAGUUUGCCAUUAGUUCCUUCAACAAGCACUCACUGAACUCCGAAGGCUCUGGUAAUAUUGGCAUUUUAAAGUUAUGGCUUGCUAAAUUGACGCCAUUGGUCCAUGAUAAGAAUACAAAACUGAAGGAAGCAGCUAUUACAUGCAUUAUAUCAGUUUACACCCACUUUGAUUCUGUGGCAGUCCUAAAUUUUAUUCUUAGUUUAUCUGUUGAAGAACAAAAUUCCUUGAGACGAGCCCUUAAGCAAUACACACCUCGAAUAGAAGUGGACUUGAUGAACUAUUUGCAGAACAAAAAAGAGAGACAGCGUCCUAAGUCCUCUUAUGACCCAUCCGAUGCUGUGGGAACAUCUUCUGAAGAAGGAUAUAUUGGAAUGCCAAAGAGAAGUCACUUCCUUGGAAGGUAUUCUGCGGGUUCCCUUGAUAGUGAUGGUGGCAGGAAGUGGAGUUCUGCACAAGUGUCAAAUCAGAUCACUGGUUAUAGUGGUCAAGCUGUGUCCGUUGAAACUCAGGACCAUUUGCAUCAGAGUGUUGGGACUGGUUCCAACGGUGAGUCUCUCAAUUCCAAUACCAAUGAUCUGAGGUACAUGGCUAAUACCAAAAGUGAAAAUGUGGGAUCCUGGACUAGGCACCUAGAAACAAUCGACAGCGGUUUAAACAUGGAGACCUCUUCUACACCACGUUUUGAUAUCAAUGGACCUAUGAGCUCUGACCUCCAAGGGGUUACUUCAGGCUUUAGACUUGAUAAUGAGGUUCCACCUGAACCGGAGGUUAAUCACUCAAACCUAACAGCUUUAAAGAUCAUCGCUGCUGCAGAUACAGGACUAAGCAUUCCUCAAAUUCUUCAUCUGAUUUGCAGUGGGGAUGAUGAAAGCCCAACUGCAAGCAAGUGUGAUGCACUUAAGCUGUUAAUUGAAGCUUCUGUGGCAAAUGAUCAAUCCAUCUGGACCAAGUACUUCAAUCAGAUUUUGAUGGCCAUGCUUCAUGUUUUGGAUGAUUCUGAGUCUUCAGUCAGAGAACUUGCUCUUUCAUUGACAGUUGAAAUGCUAAAGAAUCAGAAAGAUGGCAUGGAGGAUUCUGUGGAGAUUGUAACUGAAAAACUUCUUCAUGUUUCAAAGGAUAUUCUUCCCAAAGUUGCAAAUGAAGCAGAAUAUUGCUUGAAUAUUGUCUUAUCUCAAUAUGAUUCAUUCAGAUGUCUAAAUGUUAUUGUCCCCUUAUUGGUUACUGAAGACGAGAAAAGUCUUGUUACAUGUAUAAACUGUUUAACAAAGCUUGUGGGCAGGCUCUCACAUGAUGAACUGAUGGCCAAGUUACCAUCAUUCUUGCCUGCUCUUUUUGAUGCAUUUGGGAAUCAGAGUGCUGAUGUUCGUAAGACUGUCGUUUUCUGUCUGGUGGACAUCUAUAUCAUUCUCGGGAAAGCAUUCUUGCCGUACUUGGAGGGGCUUAACAGUACGCAAUUAAGGUUGGUGACUAUUUAUGCUAACAGGAUCUCCCAAGCUCGGACAGGUAGUACAAUGGACGCUAACCAUGCUCGGAAAAGCGAAUGAAGAUGCACUUCUUCCCUCUAAAUAUUGUGGGUGUGCGCCAAGAUCAGACUAAAAUUGUGGGCGUGCAGAGUCAAUAUAGUUAUUCAAUGUUUGUUGUAUUUUGUAUAUGUGGGUAUGUGCGCAUCUUUAAGGUGUUUUUAUUUUUUUUAUUUUUUAAACAAUAUUUAUAUAUUCAAUUUUCAUUUUUGGGUUGUGAAUUAAGGGAGAAUGCCUCUCGUGGGUGAACAUUAUGUGAAAUUUCUUGUAUGUAAUUGAUGAAUUGUAUAUAGUUUGCACU